AUUUCCUGGGUGGUUAGAAAGUACUUGAAAGAUGAUCCCAAGACACUUGACAACAUUUAUAAACGCCCCUUACGAAGUGGGAGAAUCCAUAGAAUUAUUUCCGAAGGAGCUUCCAGGCAACUUCUCAUGUGUGUUUUCGAAUGGAAGGAACGAUUCAUUCCCUUCCAUACGAGCUACCCAUUUCUCCGUGUGUUAUUGCUAGAACCCGGAAUUGGCAGCGCUUUCGUGAGCCUUAAAUGUCUGGCCAGGACGCUGGCUCUCCCUGAUGGUUUUCAUCCGCCUUUCCCGGUGGUAUCAAGUGCCAGCAUGCCGUCCCUCUGCCUUAUCGAGGACAGAGCCACCCGAGGGAGCCUUAUCGGUGACAGGGCCACCCCAGGGAGCCGGCCCCUUGACACUGAGUCAGCGCGGGCAGGGCUGGGCCUCCUCGGCCCACAGCUGAUUACCUCCCUCCCACGUCCCUGUCCGCCCCGCCGUGGCCUGGGGAGUCUCGGGGAUCUAACGGAGGUCUGCUUCCCUGCUCUGCCGCAGCGCCCUGCAAGGACUGCCGGCAGUAAUGAAGGUCCUUCUCCUGAAAGAUGCCAAGGAGGACGACGGGGGCCAGGACCCGUACAUCAGGCGCCCCGGCCAGCCCAGAACCACGUUCUCGUAUUCGCAGGAAUUAGGGUUUUGUGGACUGGAAGCCACUCUGAUCCCUGUUUUGUCGUUCGAGUUUCUGGCUCUUCCCAGCCUCUCGGAGAAGCCUGGACAGAGUCCCUGAGGGAGAGGUGGAGCGCCAAGCCGGUGUACGUGGUCGGGAGUGCCACCGCCUCUCGAGCGAACAAAAUGGGCCUGGACACGGAGGGGGAACGCUGUGGCAACGCGGAGAAGCUGGCGGAGCUCAUCUGCUCCCGGGAGUCCUCGGCACUGCCUCUGCUGUUUCCCUGCGGGGCCCUCAAAGGAGAGAUCCUGCCAAAAAUGCUCAAGGACAAAGGGAUCCCCCUGGAGAGCCUCACGGUCUACCAGAAGGCCCCGCACCCAGGAAUCCAAGUGAACCUGACCAGCUACUUCUCCGAGCAGGGCGUGCCGGCCGGCAUCACCUUCUUCAGCCCCUCGGGCCUAGCCUACAGCCUGAAGCACAUCCAGGACUUGUCUGGUAGCUCCAUCGAUCAGAUUAAGUUCGCAGCCAUCGGCCCCACCACUGCCCGCGCCCUGGCCGCCCAGGGCCUGCCCGUGAGCUGCACGGCGGAGAGCCCCACGCCGCGAGCCCUGGCCGAGGGCCUCCGGAGGGCGCUCCGGCCUCCCCACUGCUGAGCGGGCCCCCCGCGGGAGCCCUGGGCCGGGGCUCCCCGCAGGCCGAGGACAGCGGCUGCCGCCUGCGGACCGUGUGAGGCACAGCCCUCCGACACCGCCACGCGCCCGCGUGAAGCCACCUGCACACCGGCGGUCAGGACGGGACCGGGGGCGGCACACGUACGUGUCACUUCCCUCCGUGGAGGCUACUCGGACCCUCGCCCAGUGCCCACAGCCCCCAGGCCCUGCGAGAGGGCGUCCUCGGCAGCAGGGGGCCGUCCAGUGAGCCACACGGCGACCGUGUGGACGGUUUCCAGGGCAGAGCCGUGUCUGGGGAGGAAACUGACGUGCCCACGUUCUGAACACCAGCAGCCCUGGUGGGGAGGGUGAGCUGUGCCGUGCCUGAGUGGUUUCAUUUGUCCUGUGAAACGGGCCUGAAGUUCCUGCUUUGCAUGCUGUGGACAGCCCCGUCAGAUGCAGAGGAUUCCUUCAGAAAUGUAAAUGCAGCCCAGUCGGUCAGGGCAGGAGAGGCCUCAUCCUCCUUCCUGUUUCCUGGAAUGCAGCCUUAAGAGCUGGAGCUCCAACAACCCUAUUGGGCCCUGAGAUGACCUUGGGCAAGGAAGCUUAGCCGGACCAGAUGCCCCUGGGAUGCUAUUGAACUCCCUGAGUGUAAGAGAAACGUGAACUACUUCUGUGUGAGCCACUGUUCUUUUGAGAUUCCUGUUGCAAUCAAAUCGAAUCCUAAAUAAUAACUGAGUUGAAUUGGCAAACAUCAAUUUCCUUGUAAACAUCAACAAGAAAAAUCUUUGGAUACUAGAAGUUCCUCAUAUACUUAUUACUGAAUCUUUUUAAAAAAUCAACACAGUUUUGAACGGUGUGAUUUUAUUUAUUAUUUGUAGAUUGGCAAUUUGUGUAAUCAGGAAGUGUUUCAAAUGUAACUAACAAAAAGACCUUAAUAUCCUUAACA